AUGGCUAACCAUGAUACUUUCGCGGCUGGUGGCGAUAAUCAUGCGAUGACCAGUACCAGUGCCAAUGCCAAUACAGCUUCGCCUCCAGCGAAUUACCUACGCCAAGAUGGACACUCUAGUAUCGAACCAAGUGUCUUACCAUUCCCCCUUCUAGAGGGAUCUUCACCCCCAGAUCCAUCGUCUACCUCCAAAGUCGAAGAACAAGGAAUUACUCGAAGUAGAGGACCUUCAAGUACAUUGGGUAGUAUUCGGCGAGUUUCUAGAGUAUUUGAGGAAUCGAACCCACCGACGGGAUUUUGUAUUGCAUCGGGACAAAUCGCAGCACAGGUACCUUCGAUAACCGAUAUCAGACGAGGAAGUUUUGGACUCGAGGGUUGGUCGAGCGAGGGACAGGUGCGAGAAAUCCAAAGACGGACAAGCUCUUCUCGAAGCACCAUUUUACAAUCGGGAGAUCGGGAUAAGAGCAGGAGAAAGGAUUCGACCGGUAUGAAUAUUUCCGAUCAUACCCCAUCGGGUACGGAGAACAAACAUGAUGUUCUUCCCGAAGCACUAGAGGAUGAUGAACGUACACAAGCGCAUUCAGAUCUGAGAAGUACCUCUACGACCACAAACUCAGACGUCAAGAAUGAAGUGCUUGUUAAACCGAAUUCCAGUGUUCGAAUUAACAGCGAUACAAACCGCGCGUCCCACAAUGCGAAGAUAGACGAUGAAUACAGAACGACUCCUUUUGAUAAUGGAUAUCAAUUUCCGCCCAAACACUCAUGGAAAGUAUCUACCGCUAUAUUUUUCAAAGCCUUUUGGAAAUUCUUCAUCACUCCUGUGGGAUUUCUCGUGACGGUUUAUGGUUUGAAUGUGGUUGCUUGGGGUGGUAUGCUCUUCCUAUUACUCUGCAAUGCUUCGCCCGCCAUGUGCAAACCAACUUGCAACGAUAUCAACUCUCCUCGACGCGUCUGGAUCGAAAUCGAUUCGCAAAUCCUCAAUGCCCUUUUCUGCGUAACGGGAUUUGGAACAAUUCCCUGGCGCUUUCGCGAUCUCUAUUAUCUGCUUCAGUACCGAAUUGGAAAGAAUGAAAUGGGAUUGAGAAGAUUGGCGGGGAUCAAUAGAUCGUGGUUUCGUCUCGCGGGUUCUGAGUCCUUGUCCCCGGAAAUAGGACCUUCUCAACUCGACGCCCAAGAUUCCGAUACGCCUCUCCCUCAGUCAAGCCUCGCAUUUCCUCUCUCAAAGUCCCCGGAUGCGCCAUUGACGGGUGUUCGAGCCCCCGCUACCGCCAUGUGGAAACUCGAUUUUGUGGUCUGGACGAUGGUAUGGAAUACCUUUCUGCAAGCCGUCCUUUCGGGUUUCAUGUGGGGACUCAAUCGUUACGAUCGUCCGUCGUGGAGUACGGGACUUUUUGUGGCACUGGCUUGUAUGGUUGCUGCUGCGGGUGGGAUCAUGUCGUUUGUGGAGGCGAAGAAAGUCAAGGCGAUUGAGGGCGUGCCGGUGACCGAGGAGGAUCGAGAGAGAUUGAGGAUGGAUAGGGAACUGGGGGUGUUGCAUUAUAAUAAUAUCAAAGACGAGGGACCGAAGGAAAAAGAGAAAGAGGGAAAGGGGAAGAGAACAAAGGGGGAAAAAAGCAGAGCCGAGGAAGCGAGGAUGCAGGCGAGUAUUAAAGAGGGUGUUGCGCAGGUUGUUAGGUAA